AUGGCGUCCGAAAAGAGUGAGGGCAAGACCGAGGGCAAGACCGAGGGCAAGUCGUACUCGGCCGACCCUGCGCUGUACAUCUACACAUCCCUGACCGCGGGAUCUUCGCAUAUCGUCACCGCGACCUCGCGCCUCGAAACCAUUCUGCGCGCCAACCGCGUGCCGUUCAAGGCCCUCGACAUCGCCACCGAUGAGAAGGCCCGGAUGCUCUGGGGCCGACGUGCUGGGAAGGAUGAGGGCGGUCGCCAGCGCAAGCUCCCGGGGCUCGUACAGCAGGGGAUGGUCCUAGGAGACCUCGUUGAGAUCGAGGAAUGGAACGAGUACGGCGAGCUCAAGCAGCACGUCACCCUCUACUACGACGAGUUCACCCAGCCGUCCAUCCACCAAAAGCCCAAGCAGCCCCCGGCAACAGCCCCCAAGGCGCCACCCGCGCCCGCUCCCAAGACCACCAUCGAGAAGGCCGCCGCGGCCGCCGCGGCCGGGGCUGCAGCUGCAGCUGCCGGUGCAGCAGGCUCGGCAUCCAAGAAGACUACUUCUAAGGUUAAGACUGCCUCGACCGCGCCCAAAACCACCCUCCCAGUCCGAAGCAUCGCCGAAGAAGCCGCGGCCAAGGCCAAGCAAGUCCACCUACAGUCUCUGCGCGACAAGGUCUACGGCAAGGGCAACAACAGCUCGCCGUCCUCUCCAACCGACCCGGCUGCCAAGUCCCCAACCGCCGCUGCGUCAACAUCCCCCACAGACAAAAGCGCACCCGCACCCGCAACAACCGAUACAACCGAUACAUCCCUCGCCACCGAAUCCGCUGCCGGCUUACAAUCGCCUACUUCCUCCGGCUGGAAGGCCCCCGCUGCACCGCCCACCACCCAAUCGCCGACCUCGACAAGCUGGAAGCCACGUGAUGUUGACCCGCCCGUGACCAAACUGCAUGGCGCGGCUGUAGCAAGUGCUAGUGCGGAGGAGAUUGCGGCGGUGGAGAAGUCGCAGACGAUUAAGGAGGAGCCUGGGAAGGAGGGGGGGAAGGCUGAGGAGGAGGAGAGCGAGGAGGAUGAUGAGGAUGAUGACGAAGACGAGGAUGAUGACGAUGACGAUGACGACGAUGAGGAUGACGACGAUGAGGAUGAUGAUGAUGAUGAGGAUGAUGAUGAUGAUGAUGAGGAAGAGGAGGAUAAGAAGCCUGCAGCUGUGAAACCCAAGGCGGGGGAUGCUAAAGGCAAGGGAAAGUAA